AUGUUCAGUUUUCAUAAACCCAAGGUUUAUAGGUCCACAACGGGUUGUUGCAUUUGCAAAGCGAAAUCGAGCAGCAGCAGGUUCACAGACAGCAGAAAAUACGAAGAAGAUUUGAUGGAAUGCUUUCAGUUGGGCGAAAGGAGAACGGGAGAGAUUUGCAAUGCGUGCGUUUUAUUAGUUAAAAGAUGGAAAAAAUUACCGGAUGGUAGCGACAGGAAUUGGAGACACGUCGUCGAUGCCCGAGCCGGACCCGGAACGAAAUCCUUGGCCAAAUUCAAAGCGAAAAAUAAAAAUAAGAAAAAACCAAAGUUAAAAGCCGAAGUACGAGAAAUUUCUCCGGCUCCGAGUGACGAAUUAAGUUCAGAUUUGAGCGGUUUAAGCGUUAAUUCAAGUCGUCCGUGUAGUCCCGUACAAAGCGAAGAAUGUAUUCCGAAAGCAUCAAGAAAAAGGCCUAAAAGUCCGUUACAUUUGAAAGAAGACAAACACCGACGCUCUCAUUCUCCCGUUUCUAGUGGUUUUGUAGAUUUGGAUUUUUGGAAAAAGAAAAAAGUCUGUUGCGGUACUAUAUUUACCGGACCUCACGGAAUGGUUAUGGUAGAUCCACGACUGUUAAAACCAUGCCAGGGUUGCAGAGAGUCAAAAUCUGCACGACAAGCUUCUCUUUCACCCGCUCAGCAAAUGGACUACGACUCGAGGCCGAUUAAAAAGGAUAAAGUCUACAGCGAUUCAUCAUCAGAUUCUGGAUACGAUGAUUCUUCGAAUCCUGGAGCUCCGACAAAGGGAAACGCAGUAGAAAAUUCAUCUGAUUCUGUGAUGUGCAAACCAGUCCAUGGGGCGAGUAAUAAACCACUGCCAAUGUUUUUAAGUCAGCCACAUAAUAAUUUAUCACCGAUUAAUUAA